CACAAUUGGACUAAGCAAAGUGUGUUUUGGGAGUUACCUUAUUGGAAGGAUAACCCGGUUCGUCACUGUCUUGAUGUAAUGCACAUAGAGAAGAAUGUGCUUGAUAACAUAAUGAAUACUGUUAUGGACACUGAUAGAACUAAAGACAAUGAAAAGGCUAGGUUAGAUCUGGCUGAACUGUGCAAGCGUCCAGAUUUACAUUUGCGGCAUGUCGGUGAUAAUUAUUGGUCCAAACCUAAGGCAGCUUAUGCUUUAACUUCUGAACAGUAACAAGACGUGUAUAAGUGGGUGCAACAACUUAGAUUUCCAGAUGGUUAUGCAUCUAACCUUGCUAGAUGUGUAAGUCUUUCCCAGGGGAGGUUUAUUGGUAUGAAGAGCCAUGAUUGUCACAUUUUUAUGCAGUGCUUGCUUCCAAUUGCAUUCAGAGAACUACCUACAAAUAUAUGGAAGCCUCUUACCGAGUUAAGCCAGUUUUUCAAAGACUUGUGCUCAACCACCCUCAAAGUUCAUGAUUUAGAGGUUAUGGAGCAGAAUAUUCCCAUUAUCCUUUGCAAGUUAGAAAGGAUAUUUCCCCCGGGAUUCUUUAAUGUGAUGGAGCAUUUGCCAAUUCAUCUAGCAUAUGAAGCACGUGUGUGUGGACCUGUCCAAUAUAGGUGGAUGUAUCCGUUUGAAAGGGUGAUAGGAGCAUUCAAGCGAACAGUGAAAAAUAGAGCAAGGGUUGAAGGUUCGAUUUGUGAGGCUUUCUUGGCAAAGGAGACUUCAAGUUUUGUUUCUUUCUACUUUGAACCACAUAUCUUAUCGAGGCGAACCCGUGUGGGAAGAAAUGAUGACGGGGGAGACACAAUUAAAGCUUCUUUAUCAAUAUUUAAUAGACCUGGUCGCAAGGUUGGAAAAGCUAAAGAUCAUUGGUUAGACGAACGGGACAAAGCUGCAGCUCAUUUGCAUAUUCUACUCAAUGAAAGCAAAGUUAGCCCUUUCUAUAUGUUUUGGAAAGAAAAUUGUCCUGGAGAAAGCGAUGACCGAUUUUCCCCUUGGUUUGCAUCAUAUGUUCAAAAUCAAUGCAACGAAAUUGUUGAUCCCGGUUUGCAAUCACUUUCUUGGGGUCCUUCAAACAAAGCAACAAGUUAUCCAAUUUAUAAAGUAAAUGGAUAUACAUUUCAUACUCUUGCAAGGGCAAAAGGAAAGAAAACCGAUAACACCGGUGUGUAUGUCAAAGGUGAUGCAGGCAAUGGGGAAAGUGAUUGGUUUGGAUUAUUAGAAGAUAUACUCGAGAUUGAAUACACUGGUGAUGACUCUAAUCGAGUUGUUUUGUUCAAAUGUCAAUGGUAUGAUCCAAGUCGUCCAAAUGGAACACGUAUUCAUAAUGACUACAAAAUAACUGAAGUCAACCAUAGCAAAAGAUAUCACCACUAUGAUCCUUUCAUUGUCGCCCAAAAAGCUAAACAAGUUUACUUCUUACCUUAUCCUGGAAAUUGCAAGUCUCUGUGGCAUGUUGUUGUAAACACUAAACCAAGAGGUCGAAUUGAAACCAAUCAUGUACAUGUAGAUGAGGAUGAGGAUGAGAAUGAUGUAGCUUAUCAAGUGGAUGAGAGCAAUCCUUCUAGGAUUUCAGACACUGAGCCUCCUAUUAGUCUUAAGUCUCCAUUUGGAGAGGACCGCAUUGUUGAAUUGUCCAUCGGCUCUAGUUCCGGAGCUAAUAAAAAUAAAUAUGAUGAUGUUGCAGACUUUGAUGAUGAUAUUGAUUUUUAA